AGCAGCAGCAGCAGCAGCACCAGCAGCAUUAGCAGUAGUCUAGUUGCGCUAGCAGUCAGCACAAAGAUGGCUUGCGCCACCCUCAAGAGAUCUCUGGAGUUCGACCCGGUGCAUAGUCAUGGACGACCGAACAAAAGGCGGAGGUGCGCCCCUAUGUGCGUCUCGCCUUCGGCCGCGGCCCAGAGCUCGGCCAAGACCCAGAGUCCUUCGGCCUUCGGCGAGAUCGCCAACAAAUUGACGCCUGAAAAAAUGGCUGCCAACAUCAGAGAAGAAAUCCGUAGAUUACAUCGUCGGAAACAAUUACAUUUCAAUCCACAAAGUGACUCUUCGGAUAUGGAAGGUCCGGCUAGUCCUUCGAGUCCUUCUUGUUCAAAUAGUUACAGCUGUAGUUCAAAUAACAAAGAGAAGCCACUUUUCACAUUUAGACAGGUUGGUUUGAUCUGUGAGAGAAUGCUUAAAGAGCAAGAAACACAAAUACGAGAAGAAUAUGAUCAGAUUUUGAAUAUGAAACUUUCAGAGCAAUACGAUGCUUUUGUGAAAUUCACUUAUGAUCAAAUACAAAAGAGAUUUGAAUCGGCAGCUGUUCCAAGCUAUUUGUCCUAAAGAUGGGGAUUUGUAAUUAUAAGGAGAUGUAAAGAACGUUAGAUUUCUACAAUAUAAGUUGGUUAAAUUCGCUUAAAUUUUUGAGCAGAAGUAAGCCGCACAUC